AUGUUUUCUGUGCAGCACAAGUUUGCAAUUCGCCAACGGUCCACUAGAGUGAGCCAGUGGUCAGUGAAAACUAGACUACAUGGUCUGCCCAUGAUCCUGCCGCCGAAACUCUUAAAGUUUGUUGCUCAGCCCAACUGUCAGCAGCUGCUGGCUUCUCGGUGGUAUGAUGAGUUCCCAGGCUGGAGGAGGCGGCACUGGGCAGGAAAACUCAUCACGUGUAUCUUUAUUGGCCUCCUCUUCCCACUGUUAUCCAUCUUCUACUUGUUCUCUCCAAAGUGCAGUUAUGGCUUAUUCAUUCGGAAGCCCUUCAUCAAGUUCAUCUGUCACACUGCUUCCUACCUGACCUUCCUCUUCCUGCUCCUUCUGGCCUCGCAGCAUAUAGCUUCUGGGCAGAAGGACUUUCAAGGCCCACCACCCACCACGGUGGAAUGGAUGAUCCUACCCUGGGUGCUUGGCUUUAUAUGGACGGAGGUCAAACAGAUGUGGGAUAGUGGUUUCAAAGACUACAUUGAUGACUGGUGGAACUUAAUGGACUUCAUUAUGAACUCCUUGUAUCUUGCAACAAUUUCCCUGAAAAUUGUUGCCUAUGCAAAGUACAGUGGGCAAAAACCCAGAGACACCUGGGAAAUGUGGCACCCGACUUUGAUAGCAGAGGCAUUGUUUGCCAUCGCUAACAUCUUCAGCUCCUUGCGCCUCAUCUGCCUUUUCACUGCCAACUCUCACCUUGGCCCCUUACAGAUCUCACUGGGCCGCAUGCUCCUGGACAUCCUCAAGUUUCUCUUCAUCUAUUGUCUGGUGCUGUUAGCCUUUGCCAAUGGCCUCAACCAGCUCUACUUUUAUUAUGUAGACGAGAGUUUGUCAUGCUACGGCGUUCGCUGUCUUCAGCAAAACAACGCAUUCUCAACGCUGUUCCAGACGCUGCAGUCAUUAUUUUGGUCGAUAUUUGGCCUAAUUUCCCUCUAUGUUACCAAUGUGAAACCAGACCAUAAAUUCACUGAGUUUGUGGGCUCCACCAUGUUUGGCACGUACAAUGUCAUUUCCCUGGUAGUGCUUUUAAAUAUGCUAAUUGCCAUGAUGAACAACUCCUACCAGCACAUUGCUGAUCAUGCCGAUAUAGAGUGGAAAUUUGCAAGAACAAAAUUAUGGAUGAGCUAUUUUGAAGAAGGGGGAACUCUGCCUUCUCCUUUUAAUAUAGUACCCAGCCCAAAGUCAGUUUUUUAUCUAUGUGGAUGGAUUAAGACACAUUUCUUCAAGAGAACAAGCAUAAAAAGGCGUGAAACAUUCGAAACUCUGGGGAGACGUGCAGCCGAUAAUGUAAGAUUAAACCAUGGAUAUCAGGGGGUUUUGAAGAACCUAGUGAAGCGGUAUGUGGCCGCAAUGAUCAGAGAUGCAAAGACAGAGGAAGGGCUGACGGAGGAGAACUUUAAGGAGCUUAAGCAGGACAUCUCCAGCUUCCGCUAUGAAGUCCUUGGAAUGAUGAAGGGUAAACUUCAAGGUGAGGGGGUCACAGGUAACGUUCUAGGCUCCACCUUGGCUUACCCUGGAAAUUGUUUCAUAUAUUCUCCCAAAUUCCCUAAUGAUGAGCCACAACAGAAGCUGACCCUGUUUGACAUCACCGUGCCCACCCUGAAGAGCGCAGCGGCCACCCCCUCCAUCACUGUGGGAUCUAGCAGUACAGCCAAUGGUUCGGUUGUCCUGUCCAGCACAGAGCAGACUCUCAACAAGCUAUGCAAUACUGUCUCAGAUGCUGUGUCCCCCCAGAGACGCAGCAGACUCCCCUCUCUGACAUGUGAUGAAAUAUACUCAUUGUCAGUGGAAGAUAUAUUGGGAACUGAUGGACAAAACCAAGGAUGACUUCAGACUGAUAAAUCCGUUAUGGAAUUCUUACAGAAAGCAGAUAAGGAUAUUCAGGAGAUUGAUCAUUCCUGCAAAGAACACACUAAGGAAGUGAACAAUUGGCUAAAAAAAAUAGACGCAAAAUCAUCUGUGUCGGCAAGUGAGAGAUUUUAACCAUGAAUAGAUUUUUUUCUUUUUUUGGACCUAUAUUCAUUCAUGAAGCAUUUGAAACCAGUUCAUCAAAGUAGGAUUUCUCUCAUGUUUAAAAGUUACACUGUAUUGAGUGAAAUAAUAUAUAUAUAUAAGUAGUAUAAUACCAUUUCUCACAUUAUGUUACCAUUAUUCCUAAGUUCUUGAUAAAAGAUAUGCAACACUAUGGAGCAAGGCUAACUUGAAGCUCAGGGAAUUGUAAAGCAAGUUAGAAAUGUAUAUUGUACAUUGAGCAUUUCAUUCCAAAGAGCCCUGACGACACUCUGCUGCCUAUCCUGUCCUCUUUCUCUUUCAUCUUUCCUCUUACUGUAAUAUGCAAAAUGUAUAUGACUAUAACAAUAAUAUAACCCCUAAUGUGCUAACAGUUUUUGUUAAAAUCCAUACUGCAACAAAAUAAUCAGGAACAUAAUAUAAUCAAUAAAUAAUAUAAGUGUAGUUUUAUUUAAUAAUUUAACAAUUCCAUAUUAAAUCUGUACGCAGUAUCCAGUUUAUCAAUGUAGCAUCUAGAUUAUUUAUAGGGUUUGUUGUUUUAUUCCACCAUUACUUAACCUGUUCAGGGAGAGAGAAAUGUUUUCCUCUAAAUGCUUUUGAUGGAGCAGAAGAGAAACACAAUGCAAUCUAUUUAAGAUAUGUUGUACAUGUAUUCCUAUAUGUGUGGUUAUUUAUAUGUGGAAUUGUGUAACUUAUAAUGUAAUAAAACAUCUCUGUUAUUAAAUGAGAAUGUUUGUACUGAAGCAGUAUUAUCUAAAAAGACUAAACAAAGUGUAUAUUACUAAAAUAAAGAUGGCGAGCAAAUGGCACAAAGAUAGAGAAGAAAAAUACUUGUUGAAUUGGCCUUUCUCUUGAUUUGCUUUACUGCUGACAUCUCUCAUCUUGUUUACUGGAGAGAGG